AUGGAUCGAGUAGACUCCCCACCUCUCUGGACUCCCCCAAAUCCCUCAGCCACACGCACCUACGCCCUCCUCCGCUCCAUUAACGCUCGGCACCAGCUCGAACCUCCGCUAAAGACCUACGCAGACCUCUAUCAGUGGAGUAUUGAUCAUGUGGAUUUGUUUUGGGAUGCCGUAUGGGACGAGACGGGUAUCAUAGGCGAAAAGGGCGCCGCUUCCGAUGCAGGAGAAGGCGGUGAAGGAGCAGGAGCAGGAACAGGAACAGGAGGGAAGGGGCAAGGAGGAAGGAAAGCACACGUCGUCGACACGACGAAGAAACCAUGUGAUAAUCCUCCAUGGUUCAAAGACGCGAAACUGAACUGGGCGGAAAACAUGCUCUGGUGUCGGGACGAGAACAAAAUCGCUCUCAUCGAAGCUCUCGAACCAACCCCGCAACUCCCCACCCCGCCCCUCCGUCGCGUAUCCUACGCCGCGCUCUACGCACUCGUCGCGGAUCUCGUGUCGGGGCUGCUUGAGCUUGGGCUGCUGCCUGGAGAUAGGGUAGCGUCGUAUUCGUCGAAUUGCAUCGAGAACGUGGCGGCGUGUUUGGCUGCGGCGGCGAUUGGUUGCAUCUGGGUCAGCGCAGCGGCAGACUUUGGACCGUCCGGCGUCCUCGAACGAUUCGAACAGGUCAAGCCGAAAGUGAUAUUCGCGGUCGAUGCGGUCGUGUAUAAUGCCAAGGUGCACCCACACCUUCCUAAGCUCGCUUCUCUACUCUCUGGUCUUCAAGCCUCCUCCAUUUCCCCCUCUGCCUCCUCCACGUCGAAACCUACACCAAUUCGACCCACAGUCAUACUCAUAUCGCCCCUUCCAUCCUCCCUAACCUCCGGCCUGCCUACGCUCGAAAGUCUGGGGUAUGAUGAUGUCGUGCGGUUUGAAGAGUUUCGGAGGAGGGGGAAGGAGGCGGGAGAGAAGGGGCUGGGGAGGAGGGUGGAUGUGGAUGGGAAGGGGGAGGGAGAGGGAGAGAUUGAGUGGUGCAGGAUGGGAUUCGAUUGGCCGCUUUGGGUUUUGUUUAGUUCGGGGACUACCGGCAGACCGAAAGCGAUCGUUCAUCGGGCGGGGGGGAUGUUGAUACAGGCGAAGAAGGAGCUCGUUAUAUGCGCGGAUUUGAAGCCGCAGGACGUCUUCUUUUAUUAUACGACGACCGGAUGGAUGAUGUGGAACUUCCUCAUCGGCGGUCUUUCCGCCGGCUCCACCCUCGUCCUCUACGACGGUUCGCCCCUCAAAGAGCCGGGUUAUCUCUGGAGGCUGGUCGAUGAGCUGGGUAUUACGAUUUUUGGCACGAGUGCGAAGUAUUUGGAUGGGUUGGCUAAAUCCUACCGCCCCAUCGCCCACCACUCCCUCUCCACCCUCCGCCAGAUCCACAGCACCGGCUCGCCGCUCGCGCCCUCCCAGUUCGAUUUUGUCUAUUCAGGGAUAAAGAAGGAUGUGUUGUUGGCGAGUAUUACGGGCGGGACGGAUAUUUGUUCGUUGUUCGCUGGAAUGAACACCUCCCUCCCCGUCUUCCGCGGCCAACUCCAAACCCGCAUGCUCGGCAUGGCCAUCCGCGCCUACACCCCCACCGGAACCCGCGCGGCCCCGGACGAGGCGGGAGAAUUGGUGUGUGAGAAGGUGUUUCCGUGCAUGCCGGUGGGGUUUUGGCCGUUGGCUGGAUUUGGGGCGAGUGAUGAGGAGGUUAGGGGGGCGGAAGGGAGGUUUAGGGAUGCGUAUUUCCCGGAGAUGCGGAGUGAGGGUGAGGGUGGGGAGAAGGGCGAGAGGGGGGUUUGGUAUCAUGGAGAUCAUGUCGUUAUCACGAAAUCGAGGAUGGAUAAUGCGGGGGGCGUGAUCAUGCUUGGACGGUCGGAUGGGGUGUUAAACCCGGGUGGCGUACGAUUCGGCUCUGCGGAGAUUUAUGAAGUGCUAGAAGUCGAAUUCGGUGCUUCGCCUGCUACUCUACCUCCUCCCACGGCCACGACCACUGCGAAUGGUUCCGCCACGACCACGACCAACGGUUCCGCCACCACGACAACGGCCAGCGCCACCUCUCCCCACCCACAUUCACCCGCCCCUCAGCCUCCGUCUCGCACCCCUCAGCCUCCGUCUCGUACCCCUCAUCCUCCGUCUCGCACCCCUCAGCCUCCGUCUCGCACCCCUCAGCCCGCGUCGAGCACUCCGCCAAAGAAACACACAAUAUCCGACUGUCUCGUCGUCGGGCAAGCUCUCAAAGACGCAACCGGGACAAUCGUAGAUGAGCGCGUCGUGCUGUUCGUGAAGAUGCCGGAGGGGGAGGUUGUGAGUGAGGAGUUUAAGAGGGCUGUGGGGGGAGAGAUUAGGAGGAUGAGGACGGCGAGGCAUGUUCCUGCGGAGAUCAUUCAAGUCUCGGAUAUACCACACACGCUGAACGGGAAACGUGUUGAGGUUCCUGUGAAGAAGAUAAUCAACGGCGCCCCGAUCUCGAGCGUCAAUCCUGCUACGCUCCGCAAUCCGGAAUGUUUAGAGGAGUAUGCGAGGAUUGGGAAGGAGUUGAGGGCGAGGUUUGGUGGGGGUGGGGGUGGGAGUGGGAAAUGA